AGUUUGUUAAACGAUUCAGCAACAAGGAACGACAAAGAAAAGAAUUGUUUUUAAUUACAACUUGCAGAGCAGCCCAAGUUUCCAAAACGCAAGCAUACAUAAAUGGUUUCUACUUUCAUAGGCCUAUUGGACAUACAAUCAUGGUGGGAGAUACCGUGUAUUUCACAUUUCUGUUCAUUGUUUAGUUCCGCUUUCGAUCUGCCCGAUAUUGAUAUUGAGGAUCUUGAAUCGGCGCUGCUUUCCGAUGGUACCAGCGAUGAGGAUCAGGUUGCCCUAGUGCCGGAAUUAAUUGUACGUUUGCUGACCGGCUGCGAUGCGCUACAUUCGGUAGCCAAUGAGAUAACACACAGCAACUAUCAGAUGUUUUUGCGCCGUUACCUGCGCCAACAGUGUCGCCUGCAUCAGACCGAGAAUCACUUUGAUACGGACAUUGAUUUCCAAUCGCUGCCGGUGCGCAAGCGUCUACAAAUCCUGCACCAUCUGUGCCACUUUCGACUCGACUCUGUCGAUGUUCAGGUCAUACUCAGCAAUCUAGAGGCGGACAGCUUGCGCGUUGAGCCUCUCGGCUACGAUUCAAAGAACUCGGGCUAUUGGUAUUUCUACGGCACGCGUCUCUAUCGCGAGGAUAGAACUGCGGCAGCACCAGUCACAUCUGCGUCCAGUUGGAAUUCUAAACAAAGUGCCGCUGCUGCCGCCGCCGCCGCUGCUGCCGCCGAGUUUGAGUGUGGCAGCGACGAUUUUAGUGGCAACACCACACUUUGGAAUAACAACACCGUCUGGCAGGUCAUCUGCUUCACCGAGGACGAUUGGCAGCAUUUGGCAUCCAAAUUCAAGGCCUCAUCGCAUGCCAAAGAGCGCGAACUCUUCCAAAUACUCGCCGAGAACUUUUUGCCCAAGCUGCCGCAGCUGUUUCGCGAACGUGAACGUCUCAGACGCAGAAAGCUGCUGCAAGUGCGUAACUCGAGUCGCUUGCGGAAUCUCGCUGAGCUGAAGGCGCGCCAGGAGGAGGAGCGCGAGAAGCGGGAGCUUGAGCGCGAACGCGAACGUAUUCGACGAGAGCGUCAGACCGCCACAAGUUUGGCGGCUCAGCAACGCACACGCAGACGCUCUCAAUCGACAUCGACGGCUAGCGGUAUUUCAACUUACGCAAGCUCCUUCAAACGUACAACAACAACUAAUACGACCGAAUUUCUGUGCCACAGGGAAACCUUUUGUCUAACGCCAGAAGAGGAGGAGCAGGAUGACGACGAGGAGAACAGGGAACAAACGCAACAGCAACAACAGCAGCAACAGCAACAGCAGCAGCUGCAGCAGCAACAACAACCGCAACAACAACAGCAACAGCAACAACAACCACAACAACAGCUGCAGGAAUUAAACGCUGUCUCAGCACAAAACGCUGACUCGGAUGAUAAAUGCCAAACGCCAGCGAAAUUCAAGAACAAGAGCCAUCAUCAUCAUCAUCAUCGCAAGCGGAAAAAGUCCAGCAAGAAGCACAAGAAGAGCUCGCGGGAGCGUCGUGAACGGGAAAGGGAAAAGGAACGGGAACGGGAACCAAAUCGAGAGCAGCAUCAGCAUCAGCAUCAUCGGCGGCGACACAAGCAUGCUGCGUCUGAGACAGACGAAGAUACCAAAAAUAAUAACAACAACAACAGCAGCAACAACAAUAUCAACAACAACAGCGACAGCAGCAGCAGCAGCAAGCAGCUGCAACAGCAGCAACAACUGCAACAGCAACAACAACUGCAACAGCCGGAGACGAGUUCUGAGGCGCCACCCGCACCAUCGCUGAGUCCGGAGGAUAAGGAGAACUUUUGCCGCCAGCUGCAAUUGUUGGAUGCGAAUUCGGCGGCAAUUGCAGUUGCCACAAGUAUUGCAAAUCUGAGUCUGCCCUCGCCGGUGGCGAAUGACAGCGAGUCGCAGGAGCCUACACCACAACCACCAACAGCAGCCGCAGCAGCAGCAACAACACAGCCACAAGUGGUUGCCAAGCGCGAGGAGCAGCAGCAGAUGGCGCCAGCGGCGAAUGUUAAGCUGCCCGGCAGGCAAACAAAUAAUUCACUCAGCUCUCUGUCCGGCAACAUAUUUAUACCGACAACGGGCGGCACCAGUGCAACCACGCACCACCACCACCACCCACAACAACAACAACAACAGCAGCAACAACAGCAGCAGCAACAGCAGCAACUUACGAACAGUGGCACUUCAACGAGUGAUAGCACAGCACGCUCCAAGAAACAGAAGGCCACAUUGAGCGCCAGCAGCUCCAGCAGUAAAGCGGAACGUGGCACCAAAGUGGAGGCGCCUCUAAAAAUUAAAAAGUCAACAGCGGCCGCAACCACAACGCCUUCAUCGGCCGCCUCGAGCGCCUCCUCGUCCAGCAAGGCGGAACGCUUCAGCAGCGCCUUCUCCGACAAAAGCGCUGAUGACCAUGUAAAUAGUACCAACAGUAGCACCAGCAGCUUUAACAACAACAACCAUAAGCACGCGUCGCACCACAAUCCCAACAACAACAACAACAACAACAAUAAUAAUAACAACAGCAACAAUAAUCACAACCACUCAACGCCGGCGGAAGCAACUGCAAUAAAAACAACAACGUCGCACGGAGUUUCACACCAUAACAACCACAAUACACACACGACCCACCUGCCCCACCACAACUACCACCACCAUCACCAUCACCACCACAACCACAAUCAGCACCACAACACUAAUAAUCAUAGUCAUGUUAACAGUAAUAAACAUAAACAAACAGCACAACACACAGUUCUAACCAGACCCAUAACAACAACAAGCACAAGCACAACACAACACCAUCUAACAACAAACACAACACCACAAACAACAACAACAACAACAAUAAAAACAACAACUACAGCGAAAGCAAACAACAACAAUUCAACAACAACGUACAACAACUCCUCAACCUCAAAUCAUGCGAAUCUUCUUAGCUUCACCGAAACGGAGGAAGUGCUACAAAUCGGAAUGCAUAAGGUGCUCGUCUAUGUCAAGAAUCAUCGGGAUGCAUGGCCCUUCAUGGAUCCCGUUGAGGAGGAUAUUGCGCCGCGAUAUUACUCAAUCAUUAGAAGGCCGAUGGACCUGCUCAAAAUGGAGGACAAACUGGACAGUGGAGAGUAUCACAAGUUUAGCGAAUUUCGCAACGAUUUUCGCUUGAUAGUCAAUAAUUGCCGACUGUACAAUGGGCACAAUAAUGAGUACACGGAGAUGGUGAACAAUCUACAAGAUGCCUUCGAUAGGGCGACCAAGAAAUAUUUCGAUAAUCUCUCUGAUGAUGAAGAUGAUGAUCCGAAUUUAAGUUAUCCCGCCGCUGACUCCAAAAUGAACGUAUUUCGUGAGAAGUACUUCAACAAGAAGGCGAAAGAGGAGGAGAAGGAAUCCAUGGUGGUUUGUGCGGACGGCAAGCGUCUGCCGGGCACCAGUGACGAGGAGCAAGAGGCGCUAGCACCACACAGCGAAACGGAGGAGCCCACGGAGGCAACGCCGACAACAACGCAUGCGCAGAAGCGCAAGCGUAAAGAAAAGGAUAAGGAUAAGCGGCGCAAGAAGAAGACCAAAACCAAAGCUGACAAGGGCGCGGGCCACAAUGAUGAUUUGGAUACGGAUGAGGAGGAAAUGGUGGAACCAGAGCCGCCACCGCCGCCGCCAGCAAUUAAGAAGAGCAAAAGCAACAAAGUACUUAAAGAGAAAGACAAGGAUAAGGACAGGGAUAAAGAGAAGGACAGGGACAAAGACAAAGAUAAAGAGAAGGACAAGGAGAAGGAGAAGGAGAAGGAGAAGGAACUGCCAGCAUCCUCGAGCAAGCGUGGUCGCAAGCCCAAGAGCAGCAAAUCCACGCUGGCCAACAGCAACAACAGUUCCUCCUCAUCGAAGCCCACCAAAACGCAAAAGACCAAAAAAGCGGCUAAAAACUCAAAGCACGAAACGGACGACGAAUCCGAACGGAGUGAGCCACCCAGUCACACUGAGUCCAGUGACGAGGAACUGGCACUGGCCAAAGUCAAAUCCCUGGUGAAGCCCACGGCACGCACGAUAGCGGCACAAAAGAAGAAGAUGGUGCCGGCCGAGUCCAAAGUGAAAGCCCCCACGCCCGUCAAGCGUCAGCCAAAGAGCAAAAAAGGUGGGCGUGGUCGCGCCAAGAGCGAACGAGAUCCGGACGAUCUGGACGACGAUGAUAUACCGUUGAAAAAGCAACUGCCGCCAACGGCUGCUGCAGCUUUAGCGGACUCGGCUGCCGAGUUGGAGGAGGACGAGGAUGAGGAUGAUGAUGCGGAUGAUGACGAUGACGAUGAUGUCUCCCGUUCGAGAAGCAUGUCCCCCUUCAAGGUGGAUCUGCACAAGAAAUACUCAAAGAGCGCCCUCAACGAUGAUCUCUCCGAGCUGCUGACUACAGUCAAGAAGGUCAACAGUGUGGAGACCUCCAAGCUGAGCGCACGUCACGAAGGUGAACAACAGCGGCACGAGAAAUCCGAUCAGGACUCGGAAACGGAUUUCAAGUCGCUGGACAGCGACAGCAGCAGCGAUGAGCAAAGGAGACGUCACUCGCCGCCAGCUGCGAAGCGUGGCAAGAAGAACGAUGCGACGCCGUUGACGAAAAAAGAUAAGGAUAAGGAUAAGGAGAAGGACAAGAAGCGCAGCCAAGACAAAGACAAAGAAAAGGAAAAGGACAAGGAUAAAGAUAAGGAUAAGGAUAAGGCACGCAGUGGCAAACACAAGAAGAGCUCAGCGGAAGCAGCGGCUGCUGCUGCUGCCGCCGCCAAGCAGGCGGAACUGGAGAUGCUGUUCCCCUUUAUGGAUAAAUAUGAUGUGAUCAAAUAUCGACGAAGUCGUGCCGCCCAAGCCGGCGCCAGCGCAUCCAAUGCGCAAGCGACCUUCGAGGAAACCAAGUCAUCCAGCACCAAAAAGAAGCGCGAAAAUGCCAGCACAGAGCCAACUGUGGAGCACAACAAACGUGGCCGUAAGAGCAAGGAGCAAAAGCAUCAGGUCAAAGAGCUAGAGAAACCCAGCAAGCCGGAGAAAGCCGAGAAGUCCGACAAGUCUGGCGAGAAGCAAGUGGAGAAGAAUGCGGAAAAGCACACGGAGAAGGCCAAAAAAGUAGUCGAGACGCCAAAAAACCAGGAGAAACCGCCAGCCGAACAGACGUUGACAAAAGCAGCGCCAAUUGUUCCAAGUGCUGCUGUUGCUGCCAAGACAGAAACUGCUAGCAAGGAUGUGGUGGUCAAGAGCAGCAGCGCUGCCAGCAAGGAUGCGGUCAAGUCAAGUAGCGUUACUAGCAACGCCAGCAGCGCCAAGCCCAAGGAACCCGCGCCGAAAUCCAACAGCAAAAAGCGAGCUGAUAAACAAAUGCCACCGCCACCAAAGCCCGCCGAGAAAUCCACGGAGAAGACCAAGAAGUUAACUGGCAAAAAGGCAGCAGCGGCGGCAGCAGCAGCGGCACAGAAAGCAGCGCCGAGCAACACAAAUCUGGAGGCACUCGAUGUGGAAACGGAGCAAACGCUGAAGGAUAUCAAUCGCUGGCUGGAGCAUACGCCACGUUUCUCCGAGUUUAGCUCGGCGAGCAAUUCACCCUCACGCUACAAUCUGCUGGAUGACUUCGAUUCGAGCAUUAGCAAGAUGGAUGCUGCCGAUUUUCGGCGACCAGUUGCACUGGCAACGCCCAAAGCGGAACUGGUGCCCAACAAGUUGGCGGAGGCGCUCAACGAUUUGGUUAGCGAUAAGCCACCGGUCUCCAAGCUGGAAGUGGAUGCUCUGGCGACGGCCAGCAGUGUGAGCAGCAGUUGUGGCACACCGCCACAUUCGAUGCACUCGAGUAACUCAAUUGGCAGCACAUCGGCGACGGCAGCGACCAGUGCCAGUUCGGCCUGCUCCAACUUCAAUUCGAAUUCCAAUUCGAAUUCAACGACAAUGGCAACGACAGCGGCGAGCACGCCUCCCUCGCUGCCCAAUCCGACACCGCCGCCAACACCAUCGCCCUCGCUGCCCGCCGCCAAGCCCAAGGAGCCGAGCACCACGCAGCUGCUCCUCAAUCCACCGCCUCCGCCGCACAUUAAACAACAGAUGGCCAAGGAGGCGAAACGCAAAUCACUCAAGGAUAAACUGGCAGCGACUGCGCACGCCCAGCAGGCCAAGGCGAAGGCUAUGAUGCGCACCAUUGAACGUCUGCAGCCGGGCAAGACCAAGGGCAAUCUACUGCACACUGUGUCCAAGGCGGAGGAGUCCGAGAGCACGGCCCGCCACUCGCCGGCACAGUCCAGCAAAAGUAAGGAGCCCAAAAAUGCUUUAACCAUCGAUUGCAGUGAUUCAGCACCAAAACUGAGUCUGGGCACAGUGCUUAAGACGCAGGAUUUUGCAUUGGGUAAAACACUCGAGGAGUUGGCUGGCAAGGAGCAACAUGACGCCAAGGAUGUGGGUGAUGCCGAGCUGGCAGAUAGAUUGCCGCCAAAGCCUUUCGAGGCGCUGCUCGAAUUCAGUAAACUCAGCGAACUGGCCUCCAAAGCAUCUCCAACGGAGUCGUUGGACAAACCAAAUUUGAGCGUCUGGCUGAAAGCCUUUGGUGGACCACUGGUCAAUGUCAAGUCCAGCGAGGAGGAGGACAAACAGCAGACGACGACGACGGCAACGACACAGUCUUUGCUCGGCAAGGAUGACAACAAUCGGGUGGCGCCGCCCGAACAUUCACCAGCUGCCGCCGCCUCCGGCGAUAAUAACUUCUCCCUGCCGGUGGUCAUGCGUCCCAGAAAGCCGAGCACGGGCAGCACCAACUCAGAACGUAGCUCCUUCAGUCAGGAUCCGGACUCGCCGCGUAUUGCCAUCGAUGAGCGUUAUGGUUCCUAUGCGGCUGGUUCGUAUACAUCACCAAUUGGAGCGUCGCCGAUCGGCGCCUCUCCCAUUAUGGUGUCGCCGAAGCCGAACGAUGACAUGGGCAAGCCAGCGUCACCAUAUACCCUUAACGGCGCCAUUAAGGUUGGCUUCUAUCAGGACACGACGACCAAGAGCAGUCCCGACAAGAGUUGCAGUCCCCGCGAAAUGAAUUCACCGUAUCCGCAAUAUUCCCAGCACAUUUACUCCUCGGCAUCGUCGCCGAAUGUUUCCACGCCCGAGUUGAGUGGAACUUCGCCAUAUGGCGGUGGGAAUAGCUACAAUCCCUCCGGCUCGGAGGCGUCCAAGACGCCAGCGUAUUCCUCCACAUCGCCACUGCCGAUUUACGAUCAGUACAAACAGCCGCGUUCGCAGGAAUCCGAUUACAAUUCGUCGAUGAGUCCGAGUACACCGAAUCCGCAUUCACCGUACCAACAGCCACAGAGUUCGCCCUACACCACGCCGCACUCGACGCAACCCUCGCCCUACCACGCCCAGUCGCCGUAUCAUAGUCAACAGUCGCAGUCGCAAUCGCAGUUGCCAACACAGCAACAGCAGCAGCAGCAGCAAUCCUCACAUAGUCCCAAUUCGCAGCAGCAACAGCAGGCGUUGAGUCCAAUGCACAGUGUGGAUUCACCUGCAUCUUCGGCAGCUACCCAACCACCUACACCAAUCGCUCAGUCUCCAGCGGAGCAGCAGCAUUCGCCUUAUCAGCAGCCAGUGCUGUCGCCCUACCAGCAACAACAACAGCAGCAGCAGCAACAAGUGGUGCCUCCAGUGGUGGCAGCGCCAACAGGGGCAACUACGCAACCAGCAGCAGCACCUGUCGUGCCACUAGCGGCAGCUAUGGGAAAUAAUGGUUAUGACAACAACUACCAGCAGCAACAACAACAGCAGCAGCAACAUUCUCUUUACAAUCCAUCAACUCUGAUUAAUCCGUUGCCUACUUCGCCAGCGGCAGCAUUGCCCACAGCAGCGCCUGUUGCCAAGCCCAACAGCAAUGAAUGGAGCCUGGGUCACAGCCUGUUGCCGCCCAACCUGGCAGCGAAUCAACAGCAGCAACAGCAGCAGCAACAUCAACAGCAACAGCAGCAGCAACAGUUGGCUCAUCAGCAGCAGCAGCAACAGUUGCAUGGCAUGAAGCCAAAGUAUCCAACCUAUGCGCAAUAUCAGUCGACAAAUGCGGCAGCAAAUGCAGCAGCAGCAGCUGAUGCUGUUGAAAGUCAACAACAGCAACAACAACAGCAGCAACAGAAAAUUGUGCCACCCAGUUACGGCACCGAUAUGGCAACCUUUAUGCAGCAUCAAAUGCAGCAGCCGGCAAAAACAACGGAUACGUUAAUAAAUCCGCUGAAGCGCAGCAGCGAGGAACUUACAGGAGAUUAUAGCAAUGCGGCUGCCAGUAAGCUGGCCAAACUCGAAGAGAAUCACACACAGCAGCAAUUGCACGCAGCAACACAGCAGCAGCAGCAAGCACAACAACAACAACAGCAGCAGCAGCAGGCACAACAGCAACAAUCGCAACCACAAUCGUUGCUCAACAAGCAACAGCAAAUGUUUAACAGCUUUUUGGGUUCGAUGGCGUUUGGCAAACAGUUGGGCACCAUAGCGCCAGAUAAAGCAUUUGAGAUGUAUAAUCGGGCGGCAGCAAUGGGUUUUCCCAAGGACUUUGCCAAGGACAACAGUGUAUGCAACAUGCCGCAGCAGCAACAACAACAGCAACCACAAGUUCCUACCAAUAAGCAACAAACUAAUCAACAGCAGCAGCAGCCACAAGCUCAACCACAUUUGACACAAUUGCAGCCUUCACAUAACCUCAACUAUCAGCAGCAGCAGCAACAACAGCAGCAGCAGCAACAGCAAAAGUUGCCAAUACAGCAGCAGCAGCAGGCGUCGCACAAGACGCAUAACUACGGCAACAGCAGCAACAACAACCUGCAACAGCAGCAGCAGCCACAACAACCCGCACAAGAGCAACAACAUGCACAGCAGCAGCAGCAGCAACCACACAACGCCUACCAGCAACAGUCGCAGUUGAAUCACAAUUAUUCGCCAGCAGCUGUUCCCAGCGUGCAGCCGACAGCAGGCAAACCGACAGCAACACAAGCACAACCAGUGGCAGCCAACAGCAACGACAACAGCAACAAUAUGCUGCAACAUCUGCCAGCGAGCGCACAUCAACAUCAUCUCAGCCAGACACAUCAUUUGGCUGCGUACAACAAACCAACACCACCGCCACCACAGACCUACAACAAUCCACUGAUGCACACGCUCACCGAGUCCAUGUUGAGUUAUCCCGUCAACUACUUCGACAAGAACAUGCCGCCAGCUGCGCAUAUGUACAGUGCCUCCAGUGCUGCGUCCGCUUAUGGUAAUCCUGCCCAGCAAUUGCCUGGCAAUUAUGUGCCUGGUAGCAACGCCGCAGCGCCUCCACUGCAGCCGCAACAACAACAGCAGCAGGUGCAACAGCAACAACAGCAGCAACAUCAACAACAGGCAGCUGUCGCAGCUACGCCGCCCGCUGAGGUCAAGGUGCCCGCCAAGCGUGGACGCAAAAAGAAGGCAACCACCGUGGCAGCAGAGGCAAACAAACAGCAGCAGCAGCAACAACAACAACAGCAGCAGCAGCAACAACAAGUGACAGCACAGCAGCAGCAACAACAGCAGCAGCAGCAGCAACAGCAGCAUAGUCAGCAGGCAAUGUCUCAAUACAAUAUGCCUCAACUGCCAACAGCUGCAGCGGCAGCUAGCUCAGCAGCGCAUCAGCUGCAGGCACAUGCCCAAGUGCUGCAUCAGGGUUUCCAGCUGUACGCAGGCCUUAAAUCGGGUGGAGUUGCUUCACCCGUACCGGGUACAGCAGCAGCAGCUGCUGCAGCAGCCGCGGCAGCCGGCAACACAGGCAGCAAUCAAACGGCAGCAGAUGCGGCAGCAAUUUCGCUUAAGACAUCAACUGGUGGCAUGGUGCCUGGCAGUGCGUUCAACUUUGCGCCCACGCCCAGCGCACUGGGGCUCUAUGGUGAUCAGACGGCAGCGGCGGCGGCGAGCAGCUAUUUGGAUCAGUUCCGCGAUGCACCGAAUCCUUACUAUAUGCCACCAGCGCCGGCGCACAGUGGUGCGACGGGUAAUCCAGCGGCCAAUGCGGCCGAUAAGUCACAAAAUCCCCUCAACUCGGCGGCGGGUUCGUAUCCGUUCCUUGCUGCAGCGCAUCCUUCAACCCGGGCAGCAGCAGCAGCGGCGGGAUAUCCGUUCGCUGCCGCCCCACUGGAUCCCAACUCACAGCUAUAUCAGCAGUAUCUGCGGCGAGAUGAUUUCCAUGCCAUGAUCUUCAAUCAGAGCCUGUUGAGUGGACCAGCGGCGGCGGCAGCCGCUGCAGGCUAUGGGCAACCACCGCCGCCACAAGGGGCAUAUCGCACCUCAGCGUUGGGAAUGACCAAGCCAUAUGAUAUCAAUAGGCAAUCAUGGUUUUAGCAGUACGCCAGUGCCGCCAACGUGGACCUGCAAGGGGACGACCUGAAUGCAUCGUCUACAGCGACGGCGGCGAUGGGAACAAGUGCGGCUGCAGCUGCAGCUGCACCAGCAGGAGUAGGAGUAGGAGUAAUAGGUGUAGCAGAAGCGGGAGCAAACACACAACGCUGAAUGGCGAUUGGUUUCAAACGGAAGUUUUCAACAAUGCGUGUGCUAAAGAAGACGAAGAAGAAGAAGGGGCAAACUGGGAGCGUUUCAUCUUAUGUCCUGAUAUUACCUACUAUAUAUAUAUUUAUAUAUUUAUAUAUAAAUGCUGACUCGAAUUCUAGUCUAAUAGAAUCGCGAUGAAUGUUUUAUGUGUGAGUGUAGAAUGUGUUCUUCUCUUCCCUAUCCCACAUCUUCCUCUUCGUCCCAAUCCUAACUCCAACUCCAUCUCCAUCUGCGCAUUUCAUUUCGUUGAGUGUCUACCGUUUUCAUGCCUUUUUCACCCACUUUUGUGCAAUGAACUCUGAAGUUUCUCACAGCGCCCAGGAUUUAGCACAACCUAAAUUUACAUCGAUAGUUUUAGAUGAUUUUAAGUUCUAGUUUUUUGUUAAUAACUGACGUACUAUAUACAUAUAUAUAU